AUGCGCAACCGGCUCGAACGAGUCAAUGCUGCUUCGGAGGCGGGACUGUCCAGGACCAGAGCGAGAAUCAGGGAUGCGAUACCGGCAGUGGACGAGCUGUCCUCGGCGGUUUCGAGGAUCAAUCUGGCGCCGUGGGAGGAUCCAUUUGCGCUUGCUCUAGGUGAUGCGGCUAGUAUCGCCGAGGAAGGAGAACCUGCGCCUACUCUUGCUGGAAUCGAGGCUGAGCCGUCUACCACGGUCACUCCGCUCGAACCUGCCGAUGAUGAUUCGUUCGUCGAGAUCGAGGAGGCGAGGGAUGAUAAGAUGCGUCGGAUAGCCAAGACUCUGCAAGCUGGUGAUGUGGUUGAGCAGGCACACAACAUCGUUCGGAUCGUCGGCGUUGACGCAUGUCCUGGUCUUCUCAUUUUCGGUCGCAAGAACAUGUACCUCAUCGACAGCCUGGUCUACACUGCUGAGGGGGAGGUCAUCGAUGCCAAGGACGCGCCGAAAGACAUCCUGUCUAUCCCAUCUGGGACGUUGGUGGAGCUUGAUCCGGCUGACCAGCUGAGUCUCAGAUGGUCGUACAACGAGAUCGUUGAGUGCAAUAAGCGAGCUUUCCUGUUUCGAGACGUUGCCUUGGAGCUAUACUUCUCGGAUAAGCGGAAUUUCCUGGUCGUCUGCAAGGACCAGCGAGAGCGACACAUGGUAGUCAACAAGUUGCAGUCAAAGGAUGAGCAGCGAGAUGCCAUCUCCCGCUCAGUCAUCGGCAAUUUUGUGCUGGACACCGUGGCGAGGGCGACAGACAAGGCGGAGCAGCAACUUGCGAUCAUCACCAAGAAGUGGCAGUCGAGGGAGAUAUCUAACUUUGCGUAUCUGCAGCUUCUGAAUCAGCACGCUAAUCGAACACCGAAUGGUACGUGCAAGACUCGGGCCAAGCUGACUUCAGAUGUCACCCAGUACCCAGUGUUUCCAUGGGUAUUGUCGGACUAUACCUCGACACACCUUGACUUCGAUAAGGAAGGGACGUUCCGGAAUCUGACAUUACCGAUGGGAGCCCUCACGCCAGCUAGGAAAGAAGCGGCCGAAGAGAGAUACAGCGCGACAGAGGGAGUCGGCGAGAAGCCAUUCCACUACGGGACGCACUACAGCUCGUCGAUGAUCGUGUGCGGCUUCAUGAUCCGCAUGUCGCCCUUCACCGAGAUCUUCCUCGCGCUCCAAGGCGGCAACUUUGACCUCGCGGACCGCUUGUUCUCGAGCAUACCGCGGGCGUGGGACUCUGCUUCCUCAGAUAAUCGAGGGGAUGUGAGGGAGCUCGUGCCGGAGUUCUACUAUACCCCUGCGUUCCUCCUGAACAUAAAUCACCACGACUUUGGUAAGAAGCAAGGAACGGGCGAAGUCGUCGACAAUGUCGCUUUGCCCCCUUGGGCGCUCGGCGACCCACUGCUCUUCAUCCACCGGCACCGAGAAGCCCUCGAGUCUGACGCCGUCUCCCGCCACUUGGCAGCCUGGAUCGACCUUACAUUCGGCUACAAACAACGCGACCCUGCCUCCUUCAAUUGCUUCCAUCCCCUCUCCUAUCGCGGUGCGGUCGAUCUCGAGCGCAUGUCGGAUGAGAGCGAAAAGGCUGCUUCUACAGCCAUCAUCCACAACUUUGGUCAGACACCCGUCCAGAUCUUCAAGACGUCGCACCCGUCCCGCUUUGUCAGUCCCAAAUCGGAACUACCGAUUGGUCAAAGAUUUGGAGUGGCAGAGCAAUGGGAGCUGCUCAUGCGAAGUAUCAAUCCCAUCGCCGAGUCGACGACGCCCAUCUACGACGUCUACGCGCUGGGAGGGACGGACGAGCAAAAGCCCGCACCUUUGCAGAGUUCGAAACUGCCCGUGCCGGGACAUCACUUCUUGUCGGUCCAGUACGGAUUUGCAGACGACUCUAUAAGAGUAUACUAUCAAGAAGCAUCGCUCGCGAGGGUGGUCUAUGUCGUGGAAGGGAUCGACGUGAAGUUCGCCGUCUUCGCCAACCCCACACUGCUCAUCACCGUCUCGACGCUCAGCACCAUCACCGCCUGGCGAUUGACCAUAAAAGGCUUUGGCGCAAAGAAGGGGGAUGUCGCGAUGCAUCGGGAAGCAACGCUGAGGGGAACGACGGGGAAGGUGACGUACGUCACAGCGAGUAAGGGCUGGAGUAUGGUUGUUGCUGCCUGCGAUGACGGAUCCGCUACAGUGUGGGAUAUGAAUCGGCUGCGAUAUAUCCGCACGAUACAGCUUCCUCGGCAUGAGUCAAUCAAAUUCGCUAGCGUGCACGAGAGCGACGGUAUGAUUGCACUGGCGACCGCACACCACAUCUACCUCUACUCGCUCAACGGCUACCCCAUCGCUUCCACAUGGGUCGAAGACAACGCGCUCCCGCGAUUCUCUUUCGGUCUCACUAGCGACGAGCCCGCUCCGCCCCUGCCAGAGUACACCGGCGGGAUCACCUUCCUCAAGCGCGAGUUCCUCCGCUUUGGCGCGCUCUUCGUCAUCGGCAUAGGAUCCGAGCUUGCUCUGUAUCGCUGCGUGCCCGGAGCGAGGAUCUUCGAGGGCGAGGAUGUCAAGCCGUGGACGCUUGUUGAACAGGGACGGCUGAGCCGGUCAGACGAACAAUUGGGUGGAGAUUGUACGAUGGUCAAGUUUGUCGGCGAGACCCUCUAUGCCGCCUUUGAGCCUGCAGAGGGUAGCAACAAGCAUCUGCUGUAUCAAUGGACUCUGCCCGAAGGCCAUGCUCGGCAUGUCCCAGAUCAUCAGGUUCAUACCUGCAUGGCGGAGCGCUGUGGGCGACACUUUGGUUUGCUCGAACCCAGAAGACACUGCGGUGGUUGUGGCGGCGCUUUCUGCGGCACCCACGCAGUCUACGUCGAGACCAUGGAAAAACGGUACUGCGAGUCAUGCCGUUCUCAACUAUCCUACGCUUCCGCUACCGGUCUCCUGGGCAACAGGCGAGACUCGGCAGCUCAUUCUUCGAGGCGCAACUCGGCCACGGGCACAGCAUCGAGACCGGGCUCAAGGAGGAACUCGCUCCUGCCGGGGUCGAGGAGGCCGUCAGUCUCGGGUCAGGCCCCUCAGCCGAGACCGUCUGGUCUUGCGUCAAUGGGGAUCGUGCAUGGGAUGUAA